GUCAGGAGGAGCCGUGUAUCUCACUCCAUCAUCUCCUUUCUAAGGCAGGCAGGCACCACCGACCAAUCAGCAUAAUGACAUCCAUCAGUCGGUCCUCUUACACGACCCGCUCCUACGGAGGCGGAAACCUGGCCGGCAGUAUCCGCAAGGGUCAGGCUAUGAGUGUUUAUGGCGGUGCAGGUGGAUCUGGCUCAAGAAUCUCCACUGGCGGUUAUGUAUUGGGAGGUGGUGCUGGUGGCAGCAGUUACGGUUUUUCCAUCGGAGGGGGUGCAGGCUACGGCUUUGGCGACGGCCUGGAUAUCCAUGUUGGAGCAAAUGAGAAGGCCACUAUGCAGAACCUGAACGACCGCCUGGCCUCCUACCUUGACAAGGUGCGCAGCCUUGAGAAGGCCAAUGCCGAGCUGGAGUUGAAGAUCCGUCAGUUCUUGGAGAACAAGGCCUCCCCCCUUGCCCGUGACUACUCUGCUUAUCAGGUCACCAUCGCCGACUUGCAGGGGAAGAUCCAGGAUGCCACACGCAUCAACGGAGGCAUCUAUCUAGCCAUUGACAACGCUAAACUGGCAGCAGAUGAUUUUAAAACUAAGUACGACAACGAGCUGGCCAUGCGUAUGUCUGUGGAGUCAGAUAUCGCCGGUCUGAAGAGAAUGUUGGAUGAGCUGACACUGGUCCGCUCAGACCUGGAGAUGCAGAUUGAAGGCCUCAAGGAUGAGCUUGUCCACCUCAAACGGAACCACGACGAAGAAAUGGCAGCUAUGAGGUUACAGAUGACUGGACAGAUCAACGUAGAGGUAGACGCCAAACCACAGGUUGACCUGACCAGAGUCAUCAGUGAGAUCCGCGAGCAGUACGAGAGUGUGGCCGCGAAGAACCAGCGAGACCUGGAAGCCUGGUUCCAGAACAAGUGCGAAACAUUAAACAAGGAAAUGGCUGUCAGCACAGAAACUCUCCAGACCUCCAGGUCGGAGAUCUCUGAGAUCCGUCGCAGCCUGCAAGCCUUGGAAAUCGAACUACAGUCUCAACUUAGCAUGAAAGCGUCCCUGGAAAACACACUAGCUGAAACCGAAGCCCGAUAUUCCAUGAUCCUCCAAGGACUCCAGGGACAGGUGACAAGUCUUGAACAACAACUGACACAACUGCGCGCCGAGAUUGCAAACCAGACCAGCGAAUACAGCAUGCUCCUUGACAUUAAGACCAGACUUGAGGCGGAAAUUGCAGAGUACAGGAGACUGAUGGAUGGGGAGGGCAGCAUUGGUUCCAAAUCCUCCACUGCCAAGGUGCUGGUGUUCACAGAAGAGAUACAUGACGGCAGGGUAGCGUCCUCCAAAACCAUCUCCUCAUAAGAAGCCUCACACAGCAAACAAGAGCAUAAAGGGGAGUGACACCUGACGACGACCUUUUCAUCUCAAACAAAUGAAAUGAUGCAAUAAAAAGGCCCCUUGUCUGCCAACCUAC